AUGGCCUCCAAGACUUUCGCGAGAACCCUGCGCACCGCGUCCAAGCAGAAAAUCGGCGCUCCUUCGGUGCAGAAGCGCUCCAUUGCGUCGGCCCUUGCGACCAGACCUGUGACUGCCGCAGUGCAGAGACCGGCCUUCACAGCUCCGUCACAGCAGCAGACACGCGGACUCAAGACAAUCGACUUCGCCGGCACAAAGGAGACCGUCUUUGAACGAGAAGACUGGCCACGGGAGAAGCUUCUUGACUACUUCAAGAACGACACACUCGCCCUCAUUGGCUACGGCUCCCAAGGUCAUGGUCAAGGCCUCAACCUCCGAGACAAUGGCCUGAAUGUCAUCAUCGGUGUGCGCAAGGACGGUGCUUCGUGGAAAGAAGCCGAGCAAGAUGGCUGGAUCCCGGGCAAGAACCUGUUCGAAGUGGAUGAGGCUAUCUCCAAGGGUACAAUCAUCAUGAAUUUGCUGAGCGAUGCUGCUCAGAGCGAGACAUGGCCCGCGAUUAAGCCUCAAUUGACCAAGGGCAAGACCCUCUACUUCUCGCACGGUUUCUCCCCGGUCUUCAAGGACCUCACCAAGGUCGACGUCCCCGAGGACAUCGAUGUCAUUCUUGUCGCGCCCAAGGGCUCUGGCCGCACCGUCCGAAGUCUGUUCCGCGAAGGCCGCGGCAUCAACUCGUCCGUCGCUGUCUACCAGGAUGUGACUGGCAAAGCUGAAGAGAAGGCCGUUGCCCUCGGUGUCGCAAUCGGAAGCGGCUACCUCUACAAGACGACAUUCGAGAAGGAGGUCUACUCCGACCUGUACGGUGAACGUGGCUGUCUCAUGGGUGGUAUCCACGGCAUGUUCCUCGCCCAAUACGAGGUCCUCCGCGAACGUGGCCACUCCCCGUCCGAAGCAUUCAACGAGACCGUCGAGGAAGCCACUCAGUCGCUGUACCCACUCAUCGGUGCCAACGGCAUGGACUACAUGUAUGCCGCUUGCUCGACCACUGCCCGUCGCGGUGCCAUCGACUGGUCCAAGAAGUUCAAGGACACAUUGAAGCCCGUGUUCAACGAGCUGUACGACAGCGUGAAGGAUGGCAGGGAAACCAAACGUAGCUUGGAAUACAACGGUGCUCCAGAUUACCGCGAGAAAUUCGAGAAGGAGAUGGAGGAAAUCCGGGGCCUCGAGAUCUGGCGUGCCGGAAAGGCUGUUCGCUCCCUCCGACCUGAGAACCAGUAG